AUGCAACUACCCAUACGGUCUGCACAGGGGCCUCCGACCAGCCCUGUCCGUCAGAAGCUCACCCUUACGACAUUGCCUAUCGAGAUCAAGAAUGAGAUCUUUUCCUACCUGUUGCUCGGCAAGAACGCAAAGUACUCAACCGGUGGCCAUGCUCCAGGACACAGCUACACGUUCCACGUGAGCAUCAUGCGCACAAACAAGCAGUUGCACAAGGAGACCGAUAACUACCUGCGCUCAUACAACGAGUUCGCAUUGAUCCAUUUGAGACAUCCUCGCCUCCUCAGCGGAUUUGCUCCAUACAUUGCAGUUGGGAAANAAGUCAGGAACUUCCGGUCGCCAGCAAUAGAAAUCACGGUAGAGGACUUGGAAUCAAAGGCCCAGUGGCCUCAUCACAACCCUCUCUACAGUCGCCCAUCGGACAGGGUGUAUGUUCAACGUGUACUCUUCCUGUCUCAAGAUCUGCCUCACUACGCUCGUCAAAUACAAUUGGAAAUUCACGUCUGGCCUUCUUCUCAAAUUUACGUCCAUCCGUUUCGCGGAUCACGUCCACUUCAGUACACACCUAUCGUCGUCAAGAAUGAUCGCAAGAUCGCAUGGAAGGUCAACCCCAGCCAUCGUACAGAUCUCACUCCCGAAGAACGCAGAGCACGCCAAGAAAGGUUGAUCGCACCUAUGGCUGCUGUAUUUGGUCACGGGCAAGCGAUUCGCUUUCCAGGUGUCGAUGCUGAUAUAUCUGCUCGUGUCAUAGAGUCCAUGACACCUCGUCUGGUCUCGAUCGACGCAGUCGGGUGGAAUCUUUUCGAGAACAUGCAAGCCCAGAAAUGCCGUUUGGAUGAAUGCCUUGUCAACGGGUUCGGAGAGCCGCAUGAUCUAUGCCAGGCGUAUAUCUUGACGGCUCAGUUGGUACAUGAGGCGCGUUCGUGGUCCCAAUACGCUCACCACUAUAACGCUGCGCUUGUUCUCAACACUCCUUACAGCCCGGCGCUCCCACCCAAGCAACCCUUAGCCAUGUUGUCGUUCAAGCCUCAGGCUCUGCGUGGUUCUCCUAGUGAUGUCUGGCUGCAUGGCAUCGCGACCAUCGGCCUGGAAUGCCUUCUCAACGCCAUGGGCCUAGCCCUCGAUACCAACAACUUCGCCCCUUUACUCGGCCCAGACAUGACCAGAACUUUACGGUGCAUGGCUAACCAACCUCACUGUUCCAAGCCAAUGCGAGAGGAGCUCUUGGACACUUCUCAUCACUACAAGGCCUGGUCUAAGGUUUUCUCAGACAGCACAGAGCACGUUCUUGACGACAAUCACUUGAGAAUGGCUAUCUUCGAUCUCGAGCAUGGUGUUUCUGAUGAUCGUGAUAGUGAGUGUGUCCUGGAGGAUAUCAGGUGCUUGAAGGAAAUCAUACGGAUCCCUGAAGACAUGGACAAGAACUUCGCUCCCGGACUCAAACGACGUAAACGUGUUUUUACCGAGCCACUCAACCUCGUGCGCCCCAAGGAUCUUCAUGGCUGGACUUCAGACGCCAUUGACAACAUGGAUCCCAAUGUGAGACAGAGCAUUAUUAAAAACUCUGAUGCGGCGAUUGUGAGCAAGAUACCUAUCCCGGCUGAGAAGACUCGUUCAGAAGGACAUGUGAUGUUGAAAAUUAUCGAUGGUACCCCAAAAGCUGCUUAG